AUGGCUGCGGCCGGCGGCGGGGCGGCGGCGGGCCGAGCCUACUCGUUCAAGGUGGUGCUGCUGGGAGAAGGCUGCGUGGGGAAGACGUCGCUGGUGCUGCGCUACUGCGAGAACAAGUUCAACGACAAGCACAUCACCACUUUGCAGGCAUCAUUCUUAACAAAGAAGUUAAAUAUUGGUGGGAAAAGAGUAAACCUUGCCAUAUGGGAUACAGCAGGUCAAGAGAGAUUCCAUGCAUUGGGUCCAAUUUACUACAGAGAUUCAAAUGGAGCUAUUUUAGUUUAUGAUAUAACAGAUGAAGAUUCUUUUCAGAAGGUAAAAAACUGGGUCAAAGAAUUACGGAAAAUGUUGGGAAAUGAAAUCUGUUUAUGUAUAGUUGGUAAUAAAAUAGACUUGGAAAAGGAAAGACAUGUAUCCAUUCAGGAAGCAGAAUCGUAUGCAGAAUCUGUGGGAGCAAAACAUUAUCAUACAUCAGCCAAACAAAACAAAGGAAUUGAGGAACUCUUUCUUGACCUUUGUAAAAGGAUGAUAGAAACAGCACAAGUGGAUGAGAGGGCAAAAGGCAAUGGCUCCAGUCAACCAGGAGCUGCCAGGCGAGGUGUACAGAUUAUUGAUGAUGAACCUCAAGUCCAGAGUGGUGGUGGAGGGUGCUGUUCUUCUGGAUAACUGUUCACACCUAAGAAAUUAAAACAAACUGUGGAUCAUUGCCCUCAACAUGAAGACUGCCAUAUUCCAAGUCACAUUAUUUUACCAAUGGAAUUAUAGAAUUAACAGUAUUUUAAAUUACGUUUAUAACACUGCAGAGACCUUAAGUGCUAAACUUAGUGGAGUUUGUGACCAGAGAAUUGGCAUUUUCUACAAAUGUUAACAAAGCAAUUACCAAUGGCCUUUUUACAUAUUUUUUUCUUUAAUAAGGAAUAAUAUGCAUGUAGAAAAGACCUACUUAAAGGCUUCAUUUAUAUUCUUUUAAAUCAAAUCUUUAUUUAAUAACUUAUGUACGUUGUUGGAAUGGUAUACAUUUUGCAGCCCUUUGUAUUUUGUGGUAGUUUGAAUUGUAUCACUUCUAAACAGCAAACUGUUUUUGUUUUUGUUUUUUAAUUAGCAGAUACCUGAAGUACUAUUUUUGCAGGGUUUGCACAGUCCCCUAACUGUCUACUACUUUGAUAUAAUCUAUAUACAUCCUGUAUGCUGAGCUAGUAAAAUACAUUGUAAAUUACAUAUUAAAUAUUUUAUCUGCUUUUACAAGCGCAAGGUGCAAAAAUAUAUACAGUAGUCUCAUUGAUGACUGUAAAGUGAUUAACAUUUGAUGAUAAUGCCUAAGCUUUCUGACUCUGAUAUAUAAAGAUCAUAGCUCCCUUCACUUUUGUCUUAACUUGAAAGUGGCGUGUUUAAUUUUUCACAUAUACUUUACUUGAAUUAUUGCUGUUGUCACAUAUUUUUCCCUCUGUAAGUCCAUCUGAUGAUUGAACAACAGCAUUUGCCUUUUGGUUUGGGUUUUAUUUGUGUUUUAAUUUUUUUUAUGAAAGAGAUGACUUCUGCCAAUUUUGCUUUAGAAUGGUUAUCUUAGAAAUACUUGAGCAGCACAUGCUGAAUUUUACUUCUUCAAUGGCUUUAGUUUUCUCUUAGGCUUUCUGUGAGAUGGGUUCACUGGUGCGAGAAGAAAGGAAGAGAUCCCAGAUAGUAGCCACUCACCAAGACUCAUCCAUGCAGAAUGUUAGUGGUGGUUUAUGCUCCUGAGGCAGCACUUUUAGAUCCUUUGUGACAAUUGUCUUCGUUCAAUGCUUGCCAGAGAUGAACACAAAGUUUUGUUUAAUUUUGUAAGAGCUGUUCUGAGUUUCUGUGAAGGGAAACAUUUCAUGUAAUGCAGUUACAGCGAACACUGGAAAGAUUUAUUAUAAAAUUAUAUUCUUGUGUACUUUGUAAAUUAGUCUCUCAUUAGAUUUUUUUUUUUUACAUGGAGCAUAGGACUGAACUUAAAUUUGUUAAUUUUAAUAGAAUCAGGCACUGCUCACGAAGGAACACAAGUUGUAGAAAUCAACGUAAAUUGUUCUUGUUCUAAUAUAUAUAUUUUUCCAUUUCUGUCAUGCUUGGAAAACUAGUAAAUGUUAUGUCUGAGAUAAAAUGGAAUGGUCCCUGGAUUCACUUCUUAUAAGAAGCAGUAGUAUGCAAUAAAGUUGUUAGCAUGAGCAAUUAAGAGAAUAUAAAGAUGUACUACCAUAUUUUUAAGUUAAAACCUUAAUCUGGGUUAAAAAUGGAAUGAAUUGACACCUUAAUUUUAUGAUGUUAGAAUUUUAACUUAGUAUUAGCGGUUCUGUGAGCCCUCACUUUACCUUUUCUAAUUAUUGUCCUUGCCAAACUCAACACACUGACCUCUGUUGUGUGUGUUGGGGAGAGUGGGGUGGGAAAAGUCAGGGAGAUAAGCUAAAAUUCUUUUAUGGGGUGACUGUACUCUGGUUUCUCAGUUUCCUGUGAAGUUGGUGUUUGUUCAGGGGCUUGGGGAAAGCAGAGGGAAUCAUGAGUACCACAGAGGAAAAUUGUUCGGGCCUUCUUUCAGGUGUAGAGAACGCCUUGCCACGCCUCCUAUUGUAGAUGUAGAUGGGAAAUAAGCUCGUGCAUUGGAGUGAAAAGGUUUAAAUUUUUUUUUUUCUUUAUUGAUUUUUAGAGAGGGAGAGGAAGAGAAACAUUGAAGAGAGAGAGAACAUCAAUUGACUGCCUCCUGCAUGCCC